CCUACUCUCACACAACAACAUCAUGAGGACUCUGGUUAUUUUGGCAGUGUUGGGAGUGUGCUCGGCUGUUCCCUCCAUAGGAGACACCCCAGAAGUGGCGGCAGAGAAAGCUCGUUUCUUCCAAGCUUUCCGAGCUGCUGAGGCCUCCGCUAAGCCACAUUACAACGCUCACCAACAGGCCCAUAACACCGGUCACUACAACCCUCAUCAAUACAACCAUGGAAAAUACAAUCCUGGUCACUACCACCAACCCAAGUGGACCGGCCCCGUGGCUGCUACCAUACCCGCCGGCGUCGACGGUACCAUUACCCCCGUAUCCGACACAAGGGACGUUUCUGCUGCCCGCAACGCUUUCUUCAACGCCUACCAGUCUCAGCUUGCUGCCACUGCAGGUCGUGCCCCCAGCCCUCACUACCAGGGUGCUCCCUCAUACACUCCUUCCUACCACCAUCAACCUAAGUGGACCGGCCCCGUAGCUGCCACUGUCCCCGCCGGCCUCCCUGGCUCCCACCCAGUUGUUGACACCCCGGAGGUGGCCGCAGCUAAACAUUCUUUCUUCAGCACUUACCAGAGGCAGGCAGCAGCAGCGGCUCCCCCAACACGGGCGGACGAAGACCAAGAGAGAAUACAGUACGGUUCCCUACUCUCACACAACAACAUCAUGAGGACUCUGGUUAUUUUGGCAGUGUUGGGAGUGUGCUCGGCUGUUCCCUCCAUAGGAGACACCCCAGAAGUGGCGGCAGAGAAAGCUCGUUUCUUCCAAGCUUUCCGAGCUGCUGAGGCCUCCGCUAAGCCACAUUACAACGCUCACCAACAGGCCCAUAACACCGGUCACUACAACCCUCAUCAAUACAACCAUGGAAAAUACAAUCCUGGUCACUACCACCAACCCAAGUGGACCGGCCCCGUGGCUGCUACCAUACCCGCCGGCGUCGACGGUACCAUUACCCCUGUAUCCGACACAAGGGACGUUUCUGCUGCCCGCAACGCUUUCUUCAACGCCUACCAGUCUCAGCUUGCUGCCACUGCAGGUCGUGCCCCCAGCCCUCACUACCAGGGUGCUCCCUCAUACACUCCUUCCUACCACCAUCAACCUAAGUGGACCGGCCCCGUAGCUGCCACUGUCCCCGCCGGCCUCCCUGGCUCCCACCCAGUUGUUGACACCCCCGAGGUGGCCGCAGCUAAACAUUCUUUCUUCAGCACUUACCAGAGGCAGGCAGCAGCAGCGGCUCCCCCAACACGGUACUACUGAACCCUACUGUCAUA